AUGUCGAACCGAAUGUCCCUUUUCUCUGUGGCAUCAGAAGGUCUGAGCAGUCCGCGAGCAGGUGGUCCCCUGACUGCUCAAGUUUCAACCACUACGUUACUGAAUGCCGUCCACAAUAUUUAUCUCUCCUCACAGCCUCAUCAGCUAGAAUCCGCCACUAGCUUGGUUGCCAACACAUGGCUCACAGCUGCCCAGGCGAAUCCCACUGUCGACCCCGUCCUAGCCUCCAGGGCGUGGGAGCAUGCACGCCGACGAGCUGAGGACGGCUGUGUGAUUCUGGGUUCUCUUCACCGAUCCUCGCCGUCUGUCUUGGUUCCCUUUCUCAACAGCUUCCCCUUCGCCAUACCUCCCACAUUGUACAAAGCUUUGAGCGCUAUCCAACCGUUCAUCCGAUGUGUGACGCCAUACAACCCCUCUACCCCACGGCAAUCUGCCUUGGGGAUUACACUGACCUUGAACCUGACGGGAAAUCUUACCGCUGCCUCAUUAGCGUUGUCUCAGGGAGGCAUUGACACCGUCAAUGGAUUAUUAAAUGUUCCCUCUGAAGCGGGCUAUCGGGCGUUCGAUGUCUUCUAUUACCUUCUCACAUCAGCCUCGACGCCAGCCGAGAGGGAGUUUUUGGGACUGAAGGCCCCCUCGACAUAUACCCUACUCUCCAGAUCGGGAACCUACGAACCACCCCCUUAUCUGCCCACCGCCGACGACGGCGCCUCAGCCGACGACUUCCGCCAGGCUCUCAAAGAUAUUGGCAUCAAAGGAUCUGCUCAUAGGAAUCUCAUCUCGACAUUGGCAGGCUUACUGAAGCUUGGAAACACACUCAACUAUGACGUGGAAUCAGACGCCCUCGAAGAAAUUUGCGAAGACGCAAGCGGCUUACUGGGCAUUGAAUCUGAGAUCCUGCUCAAGCAAUGCAGCACCGAGGACAGGUGGACUUUCAUUGGAGGUCUGUACGAAUCACUGGUGGAUUGGGUCAUUUCCAGAGCAAAUGAAGCCAUCACGGCACAAAUGACUCGUAUCAAGAACGGUGAUGAAUCGCCUGAUGGGCGCGGCAUCAGGACACCUCAAUCAAACGAAGAUAUUGGAGAUACCGUUUCCAUCACCGUCAUGGAAGUACCGCACAUCACCCUCGGCAAAGCUCUCUCCAUGCGCUCCGUCUUUGAUAAUUCUCAGGGUAUCAACGCGGAGAUGAUUGAAGAUGGGUUGGACGUAUCCCCUGCUGGCUCCUCGGUUCUGCGUGAAUUGCAGCAAGCCGUCGCCGACGUGGGUCCCGACUUGGGCAUCAUGACCGGGCCAGAGGGUAGGGAGCGGCAGCACGAACUAGAGAAGCGCGAGGUGGUCCUCGAAAAAAUUGCCUAUGCGGCUGAAGAUGGUGGUUUUCUCCGAACUCUGUUGUUCCCCAUUGACGGCGAAGGCAUCAACCUUGGUCGUACCGGCCGAAUCGAUUUGCCCGCAGUGCUUGGGUCGAACCGCCUUUGGUUCCACCUCUCAUUGCAUCCAACCGAUGAUUCCCCCGCGCAGCUUGCCGCUCUACCGUCCGUCACAUCUGCCUGGUCGGCAGGCACUGUUUCGCGGCAGCUCCGUUCAUGGAGACUGCCCGAGUGGGCAAAUAGGAGAAACAGGAAUCUGGACUUCACAGCUGAUUUCGACGUGGACGAAUUCUCCCAGCGCUAUGCUAUCCUGGGCUGCAAGGAUGGUAAAGAUGGCAUCGAAAGCUGGGUCCUCGAGCGAGGCUGGAGCAACGGCGAAGUUCUUGUCGGCCGAGACCGGGUCUGGAUGCGGGAAAGUGCAUGGUGGGAGGCUGAAAGCAUGCUGGAUCUGAAACCCGAGUCAAACGAUGAGCAUCUGCAAGCCAUGAAUGCGAACCCAUUCACAUCAGGCUUUGAUACAGGUUACUCUGCCAACGGGAGUGGUUACUUCCAGGCCCAAGGGAUGGAUCCUAGCUUCAAUGGAAGCAAUGACCGGCUGAUGCAUUCUCGCAGCUUCAGCCAAAGCCAACUGGCUCUUGGACAGACCGCCAACCUUGCUCCUUCUAUCGCCCCCACGGCAAUGCGAAACGUGAGCAACGGCGACUAUGGUCUGGGCAACAAGGGGGACACGUACAAGGAUGAUGUUUAUUACAACGCCGAGGGGGAUUUCACCGGAGCCAUGGACUCUGAGAUUGCCAAGAACAAGAAGUUGGAGACAAAGCGAGUCUCUUCUGGUCGCCGUGCGUGGGUUUCGGUCGUCUGGGCUCUGACUUUCUGGAUUCCUUCGCCCUUGCUUCGGUACAUCGGUCGGAUGCGGCGACCCGACGUCCGCAUGGCUUGGCGAGAGAAGUUUGUGCUAGUGUUUCUCAUUUUUCUCAUCAACGCCAUUGUUGUUUUCUGGAUUAUUUGGUUUGGCCGCCUGCUGUGCCCCAAUUUCGACAAGGCUUGGAACAGUCGCGAAGUUCGGACGCACCAAGGCGAGAACGACUUUUGGGUCAGCAUUCAUGGCAAGGUCUACGACAUUUCAAAGUUCUGGAGGCAGCAGCACAGUGACACCAACAUAAAGACGACGUCAGAUCUCAUGUUGCCUCUUGCGGGCUUGGACAUGGACGAGUACUUCGUACCUCCUCUUAUCCAGGCGUGCAGAGGCCUGGUCACCGACCAGUCUGUCGCUCUCAGGCCCAACAUAACGCCAGAGUUUAGUGUCGCAGUGCACACGUCCGGAUACUUUGGGCAGGUCAACAGCAAGCUACACGAUCCGCUGUGGUACUGGAACACUUUUGAGCCAAAGAUCAAGGAGUAUUAUCACGGUGAUCUCGUCUUUAGUGUGGACCAGGUCCAGUCUGACGGGGCCAACGAGCAACGUCCAUGGGCCAUGUACGGCAACAAGAUAUACGAUCUCACGGACUACUUCCACACCCUGGACCUGAUGAACAAUGUUCCUUCUUACUCCUUCCUAGACAGCAGUGUCAGCGAUCUGUGGAAGAACAACCCUGGUCAGGACAUCAAAAGCUCCCUCGACCAAUUGAUUAAAAACUCGGCAUCAAACCAAACCCAGCACGCCAGCAUCAUGAACAGCUGGCAGUGCAUUCAGAAUAGCUGGUACAAGGGGAUGACGGACUUCCGACAGACUCCCAGAUGCACGGCAAACAAUUGGAUUCUGCUGGCCUUUACCAUCAUCAUUUGUGGUGUCGUUGUGAUCAAGUUCGUUUCGGCACUUCGCUUCACCUCCAAGCGUCGUCCUUCGCCUCAGGACAAGUUUGUCAUCUGCCAGGUUCCCGCCUACACCGAGGGCGAAGAUUCACUGCGGAAGGCAUUGGAUUCUCUCACGGCACUCCAGUACGACAACAAGAGGAAGCUGAUUUGCGUCAUAUGCGAUGGAGUAAUUGUUGGUCAAGGUAACGAUCGCCCAACUCCAAAGAUAGUUCUAGAUAUCCUCGGCGUAGAUCCCAAGGUGGAUCCUCCUGCACUGCCCUUCAAAUCUGUUGGACCGGGCAAUGAGCAGCUCAAUUAUGGGAAAGUUUACUCUGGCUUAUACGAGUACGAGGGCAACGUCGUUCCGUACCUCGUCGUUGUCAAGGUCGGCAAAGAAUCGGAGCAGAGCAAGGCUAAGCCCGGCAAUCGUGGAAAACGUGAUUCUCAAAUUCUUCUCAUGAGCUUCCUCAACAGGGUUCAUCAUCGGGCCCCCAUGAACCCUCUUGAACUGGAAAUGUUUCAUCAAAUCAACAACAUCAUCGGCGUUGACCCUGAGCUGUACGAAUACCUUCUCAUGGUUGAUGCUGAUACCUGCGUCAGCGAAGACUCUUUGAACCGCCUUGUUUCCGCCUGUGCCAACAACGCCAAGAUUGCAGGCAUUUGCGGCGAAACCAGCCUGGAAAACGAUGAAAAGUCGUGGGCAACCAUGAUUCAAGUUUACGAGUACUUUAUUUCCCAUCAUCUAGCCAAAGCUUUCGAAUCUCUUUUUGGCAGCGUCACAUGCUUGCCGGGAUGUUUCUCCAUGUAUCGUCUGCGAACGGUCGACAAAGGCAAGCCUCUUAUUAUUUCGGACGCUGUCAUCAGGGAGUAUGCUGUCUGUGAUGUGGACACUCUCCAUCAAAAGAACUUGCUGUCGCUUGGCGAGGAUCGUUACCUGACAACGUUGAUGACGAAGCAUUUCCCGUACAUGGCAUACAAAUUUAUUCCGGAUGCUCAGUGCAAAACGGCUGCACCAGAGUCGUGGAGUGUCUUGCUGUCCCAGCGUCGGCGAUGGAUCAACUCGACUAUUCACAAUCUCGUGGAGCUUAUGCGCCUAAAGGAGAUGUGUGGCUUUUGCUGCUUUAGCAUGCGUUUUAUCGUCUUUAUUGAUCUCUGCGGUACCCUCAUCCUGCCCGCCACGUGUGUUUACCUAGGCUACCUGAUUUACCUGGUUGCCUCACGUAGCGGCCAGUUCCCCAUAAUCUCCAUCGCCAUGAUAGCAGCCGUGUACGGUCUUCAAGCCUUGAUCUUCAUCCUGAAGAGGCAGUGGCAACACAUCGGGUGGAUGAUUAUUUACAUUCUCGCCUUCCCCAUCUAUUCCUUCAUCUUGCCAAUCUACUCGUUUUGGAAUCAGGAUAACUUCUCGUGGGGCAACACGCGUAUCGUCAUUGGAGAGAAGGGAACUAAGCAAGUCGUCGCCGUCGAAGAAGAAGGGUAUGAUCCACGAUCCGUCCCUCUGCAGAGAUGGGAUGAUUACGCCUUGGCCAACAACCUCCCUGGCCGUCGUGGAGGGUAUCAAGAAAAGCAGGAUUACGGUUACACUGAUCAGUACGAAAUGGAUGAAAUCAAGUCUGUUUAUUCCGCCGCCCCUCAGGGUUCCGUAUUCACCGGCUUGGGGGGGCGCAGUGCGUAUAUGCCGCCGCAGUCACCUGCUGCUUUUGGAAACAUGACCAGAGCGCCAACAGCUCAAGGGCACUACUUUGACACUCCCGCGUCCCUUCGCAGACAAUCCAUGAUGUCUCUGGGCACGCAGGUGCAAGACAUCCAGAGAGGGGCCUCGCCUUACCGUGACGUGCCCGCGAAUCGCGGCAGUCUGAUGAAUUUGCGCAGCCAGGCGAACUUGACGCCUGGACUGGGCUUGGCCGGCAACAGAGCGUCGUCAGCCAUGGGCUACAGCGGCGGCCACCGUCCCACGGGCCUCGAGACAAUGCCGUCGACAAUGUCAUUCGACUUCCAGCGUGGACACAUUGGCACGGACGAUACGGCCAUUGUCGAGGCCAUUCAGUCGGUCCUUGGUGAAGUGGACUUGGACACGGUGACCAAGAAACAAGUCCGCGCCCUGGUCGAACAGCGUCUGCAAACCGAGCUGACGGGCGAGCGACGCACGUUUAUGGAUCGACAAAUUGAUCGUGAGCUCGAAAACAUGUGA